CUGAAUGGACCCUGACAGUUACCCCCCGCUCUGCUGGACUUGUACUCCGCAGGAUCCUUAGACACGGCAACAUCCUGACCCAAUGCAUGGAGGAUAAACUUUUAGCAAACAUAGACUGACAAAGCAUUUCACGAUGUAUUUGGAAAACUCGGAGCAAGUUAAAGUCCCUGGAGAAGGGGAGCCAUCAGCGGAAGUCAUGCUUGCAGAACAAUGCCAAGUUACCGACUUGCCAGAAGCUGCAGAUGUAACCAGCCCUUCGAAAGGAAGCGCCAAACUCGGCAUGAACGUCCUUGUGGAAUACACAGAGCAAGUUGUCAGCAGGGUUAUGGACCCGUCUCUCCUUUGCAUGGAGCCCUGCAGGACGAGUGGAGAUGAGGCUGAAUACAGCAGAUAUUGCAACGGACACGCUGAGAGCUUUGAGCAAUAUUCAGCAAGCAAUAUAUUUUUCGAAUCCAAGCAAACCCUCGAUAAGUGCGAGACGUCGAGGUUAAGCCAAUCAUUUUAUGAAUGUGCUCAACACUGCGAGUGUUUUAAACCUUGCAAGUCUUCUGAGCACGGUGCUAAUCAUAGCGUAGCUUGCAACAAAUGCUGUCCGUGCUGUGAACACUGGGCAGAGCACCUCGGACUAUUUCAGCAAUGCAAGCCCCCCGGUCAACAGUUAGAGUCUCUCGACUUUGAGCGAGACCAAUUGGCAAUAAAAUGUGACAGUUUAGGGCUCUGUGAAAUGUCUGAUUUCAUAGCGGAGAGCCCUGAGCAGCUCGAGUUACUCCGACAAUACGAGUCUCCUGAUCAGCAGAGCGAGUGCUCCGACUCGGACCCGGACACAGCGACAGAGGAUUUUGAACAAUGUGAAGUGGUUGGUUUCCGACCCAACAUCUGUGAUUCAGUGGACUCACGGGACUGUGGCACUGAACACUGUGAGUAUGAUGAAAUUCAAAUUGAGUACGCAAAUGCUGACGAGGAGGAUGAGGAGGAGGAUGAAGAUGAAGAAGAGAGCUACCCAUGUGAACAAAAUGAAACUGAGGUCGGACUAUCGGAAGAUGUAAAUUCAUCACAUUUGAAUGAGCAGGUUCCUGUUUGCUUUGAUGACAGUGAAUAUGUCAGUUUUGAGGACACUGAAGAACUCUCAACGCAAACUCCGACAUUAGACAUGUCAGCAGAUGACUGUGAGACGUGUGGAAGCGAAGAGUACGAACCCACGCAGCCGUGUGCAACUUCCGACAAAACCUCAGACGGCUUUUACACCGAAGAAGACAGUUUCUCCGAUUGCUCCUCAACUGAAACAAAAUCCUUUAAGACCUGUCCCGAAGGCAGCAUCCCGUCGGAUCCCUGCUCCGAUUCAUCUGGGGAAUCUGAAAAGGGAGUUCAGGGCGAUUCGAGCGAUGAGCAGACACAGUGGGAAUCGUUUGAAGACGAUGAAGAAACGGAACAAAAGAACGCUAACGAAAGUGAUGAGGAUGAAAAGAAAACACCCGCUGCGGUUGAUAUUGUUAUCGGGGAUUACUUUGAUUUAUUCGACAGAGCCGACCAUUACGCAUUUACACCGAAGCGUCAUUACAUCUCCUGCUUUGAAGGUGGGGAUAUACACGAAGGCCUGAACCUUGAGAAAGAGGCUGCGAGACGUGCUGCCAAAAAUGCAUUUACGUAUGAGGAAGACAGUGAGGAAAUGAAGAUCCAGGAAGCAGGUGUAUGUCCUGAAGAAGCAUGUGAUGCAAGUGAAAGAGAUGACUGUGAGUCAGAGAUAAACCCCGAAGACUUGAUCAUAGAUUCCGAGUCAGGUUUAGCAGAAUAUGAUGAGGUUGAGGAAGAAGAGAGUGAAGCCUGUGAAUUUUACACAGAGGAUCACGAGGAAGCAGAGGAAGACGAAGAAGCCUUUGAUGGAGAAACAGCUGAGGGCCAUGUUUCUGAAAUCUGCUACGAAGAGGAGGAAGAAGAAGAGGAAGAGGAGAUCUGCCUGUCCUCUGGUCAUGAGGAGAGCAUGUCUGCACCAUGUGCCGAGAACAUCUCCGUUGAAGGUGAUGCUUAUGAAGAGGAGGUCUGUCAACCCCUUGACGACAGUUCCUCUACAAUCGAUCUUUGCAGAAAGGAUGACGAGUCGGAGCCAGACGAUAGAGCGGCUAUUGACUGUUCCGAAAUGGAGCCAUAUUGGUGGCUUAUAGAUAAUGAAGGUGAUGAAGAGGCGUUUGAACCAGGUGUUGAGGAUUACUAUGCGUAUCAGGUUCAAAGUGCUCAGUCAUCUGUUAAACAAGCCCUGAAGGGACUUAUUACCGAGUCCCCGGCUCCUGGAGUUUGUCCAGCAGAGAGCGAAGCCGUCGGAUUGGCAGUUGGUGAAGAUAUUGAACCGAGCGAGAACUCGGCCGGCUGCUCUGCUGCGGAAGAAACGGCCAAUAACAUAACUCAGAAAUCGGACAACGACAUCUCAUCCGGAACGAGGUAUCCUCUAGAUAUCAUCCACAGUGUUGUCCCUGAACAUGCCAAGCUGGAGGGAGGCGAUGCACAGACGGAGGAAAACGACUCUGAACAGGGCAGAGAUUCAGAAGGGGAAGAGAGUGAGGACGAAUCCUCUGAGGCCUGCGACUGCGAAUACUGCAUUCCACCAACCCAGCAGGUUCCAGCAAAACCUCUGCUCUCACGGAUUCAAUCGAACGACACGGGGAAGAUCUGUGUGGUCAUUGAUUUGGAUGAAACACUAGUCCAUAGUUCAUUUAAGCCAGUGAACAAUGCUGACUUUAUCAUUCCAGUGGAAAUCGAUGGAACAGUUCACCAGGUGUACGUGUUGAAGAGACCCCACGUGGACGAGUUCCUCAAGAGGAUGGGGGAAUUGUUCGAGUGCGUUUUGUUCACCGCCAGUUUAGCCAAGUAUGCAGAUCCCGUGUCCGACCUGUUGGACAAGUGGGGGGCCUUCAGGAGCCGUCUCUUCCGGGAGUCCUGCGUCUUCCACAAAGGGAACUACGUAAAAGACCUGAGCCGUUUGGGCCGAGACCUCAACAAGGUCAUCAUCAUCGACAACUCUCCGGCCUCCUACGUCUUCCAUCCCGACAACGCUGUUCCUGUCGUUUCCUGGUUUGAUGACAUGUCCGACACCGAGCUCCUCGAUCUCAUCCCUUUCUUUGAGAGACUAAGCACAGUGGACGACGUGUACGAUAUUCUGAAGCAGGAGAGGACUUCGAGUUAACAGAUGCAGGGCGCUAGGGUGACAUCGAUCACCAGUGGCUGUCGUCACAGGGGCCACGGAGGCCGCUGGGCCACAGGUCCCACGCCGGCCUCCCACUACAAGGACCAUACUGCAUAAAAAAAAAAAAAAAUACCUGUCAUUUAAUCUAAUAUUCUUAUUGUAUAGUGCAUUAAAAAAAGUCACAGUAAUCCUGUAGCUGGGUUCAGUGACAGUUAUGUAAUCCCUGGUGACAGAUUUUUCUUUUUUUUUUUAUUAAUCGUGGACUUUAAAUGACUACAGAGCGUGACUGUUGUCAUUGUGUUGAGAGCAGCGGUUUGUGUACAUGAUCAGACACGACAUUAGAACCGGUCUCAUGUUUGUAAGUCGAGGCUGAACGGUGGAUGAACAGGUUUGACUGUUGAUCAACGUCAGUUGUGCCGUUCAGCGCCAAAUCAAACCACCACACGUCAUUUUCAUGUCAGUUCAAUGUAGAGUUUAUAUCUGAGGCUCUCACGCAGAACACCACAGGUCAUCACAAACAGUCCCUUGAAUCUCAUUGAGCUUAUUUCCCCCAGAUAGGUUUACAUAGGUUGAAUAACUUAUCAAAUUGUUUUGUGGCAAGUUUCACUAAAAAAUCACAUUUUGACAUGUGCCAAACAUUUACUGUGUGUUUUUGGAAAAGCUGCAAUUUGAAUUAGGGAUUUGGUUUAAAGAUAAUAUACAAUAUUCUUUGCUAUCACACGGAAAACAUCCAGAAACAAAUAUCAUGAGUAGUAGUCCUUAUUCACUACAAUACAUGAUAUGAUUUAAUAACUAUAUAUAGUAAUAUUACUAAAACCUAAUUAUGAACGUGUAAUAAAUCUUUUAAGAUGCAGUCUUAUGCCCAAACUAUGACAGACUAUUAUGGCCAUGUUGUAAAAUAAAUAAAUAUAGAAGAUAUCAAUAAUAAGGUUGUAAUUUUACCAGAAUAAAGUCGUAAUUUAAAUUUCUCAAUGAGAUUAGUUUGAGUUUUUAUUUUGUCUUUUAUCUCGUAAUUUAAUUGCAGUAGUAUUCUGACUUUAUUCUUGUAAAAUUCGUAUUUCUCAUAAAAUGGCGACUUAUUUAGUAAAAUUGCGACUUUAUUCUUAUAUAUUUAUGUCUCAAUUCUUGUAAUACUACGCUGUUAUUUUUGUUUAAUUUCUACUUAAUUCACUUGAAAUUACAACUUUAUUUUGUUCUCUUUAUGCUACAACUUUAUUCUCGUAAAAUUACUUUAUUGUACAUUUCCUACUUUACUCUUGUCAUUUUAUGAGUUUCCGCCCAAAUCCGACCUUAUUCUCAUAAUAUUACGACUCUAUUAAUAUUAUUCUCGUCAUAUUACGACUUCUCUAAAUCAUCCAUCUACACAAUCUGAGACAAUAUGAAACUGUAAACAUUAGAGCUGGGUUGAGUUGAACAGACUGAGUUCCCACUGAUCGGAUCUUUUAUACACAGACGAGUACCCCUGCAGAAAAAGUGAGGUUAUUUUUGUACAUACAGUAGAUCAGACUGUUAGGCAAUCAUUGUGACUUGGUUUUAAUCCUAUUUGAUGUAAUAUUAUUUUAUCCUUUUGGAGAUUUUUAGCUGAAUUGGCCACGCCCCCCUGUGUGUGGCCCCCCCUUUCGAUAAUGCAUUAACUGUUAAUGUGUGACCUGCUAAGGGCGCCUGAGGUAAGUGAGUGGUUUGAUUUUGAAAGCACACUUUGACGCCUCCUGUUGGUAAACUUGAAUACAAACCUUUUUGUGUGUGAGGCCCCAGCGGAGUCCAGUGUCCUUCCUGAUCCGUGUGUAAAUUCACUUUCUGAGAGGAAACUUGUGCCAAUCAUGUUGGAUCACCCUGCUUCACUUUGCCUCAGCCUGGAGCGAGUGUUUAUAUAAUGUGUGUGAGAGUGUGUGUGUGGUUUGCAGGGUGCGUACUUACAUGAGAUUUACAAAAAACAAGAUGCUUUGACAAGUCAUGAGAAACAUAACCUUAUUCUUGGAAUAAUGAUUUACUUUUUUUUUUUUUUUUUUUACUGUAUUAUACAACCAGAGUAUUAACGUUAUGCCUCGUGUUUAAAAAAAAAAAAAAGAGUUUUUAAAUUGCUGCUGACAAAUGGUAAAGAUUGCAACAAAAAAAGACAAAUAUUUCUACCUUGCAUCAAUAAAGCAUGUUUUAUUGAAACGGG